AUCCGUCAAGAGAUUGAUCGCCGGCUAGCCGAGAAGGAGGAGGAGUUCGAGGCGACCCGCAAGAAUCACCAACGAGCGCUUGAGUCGAUGCAGGCCAGCCUGGAUGCCGAAGCAAAGGGGAAAGCGGAAGCGAUGCGAAUGAAGAAGAAAUUGGAGCAGGACAUCAACGAGCUCGAAGUGGCUUGUGACAGCGCCAAUCGAGCCCGAGCUGAGAUGGAGAAGAAUGUAAAGAAGUAUCAACAGCAGGCAAGAGGAUGUUUUUGCGUUUGUAUGAGCUUUUUUAUUUUGCUUCUCGUGCGUGAAAUGCAAGCACAAAUUGAAGAAGAGCAACGAAAUCGAGAAGAACUUCGUGAAGCUCUCGGAUCUACAGAACGCCGCGCCAACAUUCUCGGCGUCGAGCUCGAAGAGUUUCGUGCCAAUUUGGAGCAGGCCGAGCGUAUCCGAAAAAUCGCCGAAGCUGAGCGAACAGAGGCAGCAGAUCGGGUCACUGAACUGGCGGCUCAGGCGGCCUCAUUUUUGGCUCACAAAAGGAAGCUGGAGGCUGAUCUGGCCGCAAUGCAGGUAAGUUAUGGGUGA